AUGCAUUGUGGGCUUCGCGGUGCAAUGGUGCCAGCGGAUGAUCGUGGGGCUGAGGGGGUGGUCCUUGGUCAGUCUGGUCUCAGAGUCUCUGUCCCAAUUCUUGGUGCGAUGAGCUUCGGUUCCGCGAAAUGGGCUCCCUGGGUCCUUGAUGAGGAGCCCUCUAUUGAAAUAAUGAAGGCUGCUUGGGAUCUUGGUAUCAACACCAUCGACACUGGUAACAUUUACUCACACAGUGAGUUGGAGCGCCUCAUUGCCAAGUUCAUUAAAAAGUACAGCAUCCCUUGUUCCCAGAUCAUUAUCGCCACCAAAUGCUAUGGCCUUGUCGCAAACGAUCCUUCCAUUCUGUUGUUCUUCAUGCCUGAGUACAUCAACCAAUCUGGCCUGUCUCGCGCUGCAAUCUUCAAUGCUGUUGAUGUGUCCCUCGCUUGUCUCGAAACUCCAUACAUUGAUCUCUUGCAGAUCCACCGCUUCGACCCUUCAUUUGCCAUGUUGAAUGACAUGGCAGCUCGCAAUAGUUGGACCAUGUUUAUCAGCAUGCAGGAUGAGUACUCGCUACUCUACCGCGAGGAGGAAUGCGAGAUGCUCACUUAUUACAAAUACAACAGUAUCGGUGUCAUCCCUUAUGCUCCUCUAUAUUAUGGUCUCCUUGCACGUCCCAUUGGCACAGAGUCAAUGCGUCAUAAUUCUACCAAGGGGUCUGUUUUGGAGAGAAAGGUGAUCAGUGCGGACUUGCGUAACACGGACCUGACUAUCAUCAACCGUGUGGAAGAGCUGUCCAAGAAGAAAAACUGCAAGAUGAGCCAGAUUGCGCUGGCUUGGGUUGCAUCAAAGGUGUCAAGCCCUAUCGUUGGUAUCAGUUCUAUACAGAGUUGCAGGAGUACCUGGAGGAGCCAUGUACUGAUGACACCUUUACAGGUAUGAACCCAAGGCCAUCAGUGGCCACCUUUAGGUGUUGGCAGUCAACCUACGGCGCCAAAGAAGAUACACCAGCCACAUAUGUAGCACUUUGUAUUACCACCAUCAAUGCAACGCACAAGUGGAUAAUGAUUAUAUCAAUUUCAAAAGUC